AGUUUAUUGAGGCAAAGGCUCUAAACAGAACGGUAUACACAUGUCCAAAAUUUAACAGUAAAGUCAUUAAUCAGGACUGAAAUUCGAAAUCCUCGUUCAAUUUUGGUUGGAAUAGUUAAAUUUGGCAAAAUUCUGAGAUAUGUCCCAAUUUUCAAGAAUUUGAAAAACAGCAAAGGCCUUCUCACUUUCGCGAUUUUUGGUCGAAUCCCAACUUUGGUUAAAAACACUUGAUUCCUACUCGAAAAUGGACGAGGAUCACGAAAAUCAAGUCCGUUUUGGAUUGUGAUUUGUAUUUUCGAUAAUAAGACGUUUCGAAAUGGAAAUCUAGGAAUACGAACAUGCUCAAAUGCUACUCAUAACACAAAAACCGAUUCAUUUACGCCAAAUGUGACCUGAAAUUCGAAAUCCUCGUUUAAUUUUGGUCAGGAUGGUUAAGUUUGGUCAAAUUCUGAGAUAUGUCCCAAUUUUCAAGAAUUUGAAAAACAGCAAAGGCUAUAGCCUUCUCACUUUUGCGAUUUUUGGUCAAAUCCCAACUUUGGCUAAAAGCUCUUGAUUCCUACUCGAAAUUGGACGGCGAUCACGAAAAUCAGGUCCAUUUUCAAGUUACACUUGUAGUUUUAACAGUAGGACCUUCUAAUGAAAUUCUAACAUGUUCAAAUUCUAAUCAAAACUUGAAACAGAUUAGCUUACGCUAAAUCUGACCUGAAAUUCGAAUUCCGCGUUCAAUUUCAAUCAAAAUAGCUUAGCUUUGUUGAAUUCUGAAACAUGUUUAGAUGUAAAGUUUUAGAAGAACCACAAAGGCCACAUGGAUUGAAACGAAGACUGAAAGCUGAUUCUAAAAUGAUUUGCUAAAUUUGUAACCUUUUUCUUCUUAACGUGUAUCUUGUUCGUUUCGGACGUAUCAUUUUUCUGUUGAGUGAAAACUAAUUUUGUUUUUCAAAAAGCACGUAGUCGGUAUUAUACGUACCAAAUAUAAGCAGAGAGACCGUAAUUAGACUCAUUUGUACAUCCGAAAGCAAAACGAAAAUUCGACUAUGAAAGCAAUGGGUAGUAAAAUUUUCCAUAGCCAUGCAUUUGUUUUGGUUUUAUCCGUUUUUCUAUCCGCUGCAUUCGGCCAAUUGACCACUCAAGCUAGUAGGACUACAGUAACCGGGAUGCCAGUUGGUGGCACGACGAGGACAGGAACACCAACGCCAAGUGCCUCUACCCAGGCAUCAAGUACUACGAGACCAACGCCAAGUGCCUCUACCCAGGCAUCAAGUACUACGAGACCAACGCCAAGUGCCUCUACCCAGGCAUCAAGUACUACGAGACCAACGCCAAAUGCCUCUACUCAGGCAUCAGCUACUACGACACCAACGUCAACGUCAAACGCCUCUACCCAGGCAUCAGCUACUACGAGACCAACGCUAACUUCAAAUGCCUCUACCCAGGCAUCAGCUACUACGAGACCAACGCUAACUUCAAAUGUCUCUACCCAGGCAUCAGCUACUACGAUACCAACCCUAACUUCAAAUGCCUCUACCCAGGCAUCAGCUACUACGAGACCAACGUCAAUGUCAAAUGCCUCCACUCAGGCAUCAGCUACUACGAUACCAACGCUAACGUCAAGUGCCUCUACCCAGGCAUCAGCUACUACGAGACCAACGUCAAUGUCAAAUGCCUCCACUCAGGCAUCAGCUAUUACGAAUUCAACGCCAUCGUCAAAUGCCUCUACUCAGGCAUCAGCUACUACGAGACCAACACCAACAAUGGUAACCAGAAAUGUUACCACCAACGCAACUACAGGCACUUUAGGACUAACCUAUAAUCCGACAACUAAACCAUAUGUUCCGGAAAUCUCAGUUUCCACCCAAUCAACUACUGUAAACUUGAUACCAAUUGGUAACACAUCGAAAACAGAAAUACCGUCAAAUACCCCUGAUCAGGCAGCAGCCAUUACGGAAGCCACUAUAGAUGCUGGGGCUUCAGGAAUAACCCAAAAUCCGACAACUAAUGCAGAAGUUUCGGGCGAAUUGUCCACUCAAGCAAGUACUGUCAACUUGGUGCCAGAUGAUAACACAUCGAAAACAGAAACCCCGUCAAAUGUGGAUGCUCAGGAAUCUACUAUUACGGAACCGACGCCAAACACGGAAACCAAAGAUACUACCACGGAAGCAACUACAGAUGCCAGAACAUCAGGAAUAACUGAUAAUCCAACAACCAGGACAGAUCUUUCAGAAACCUCAGAACUACCGUCAACUGCCUCUUCUCAGGCAUCAGCUAAUACGGAACCAACGCCAAACACGGAAGUCAAAGAUACUACCACGGAAGCAACUACAGAAGCCAGGACUUUAGGAAUAACCGAUAAUCCGAACACCAGUGCAGAUUUCUCAGAAGUCUCAGAGGAUUUAGGAACAACCGAUAAUCCGAUAACUACAGAUCUUUCAGAAAUCUCAGAAAUAGUGUCAAAUGCCUAUGCUCAGGCAUUAACUAUGACGGAACCAACGCCGAAUAUGGAAAACAAACCUGUUACCACAGAAGCAACUAUAGAUGCUGGGGCUUUAGGAAUAACCAAUAAUCCAACUACUAAUGCAAUUCUUCCAGAAAGCUCAGAUAGCGGAAAUGUAUCAGAAGAUGAAAUCAGAGUUUUUACCAAAAUAGCCAACAAGAUAAUACAGAAAAAACUGGAAACAAUCGAGGAAAAGAUAGAUAAAGUGGUAGAAAAGAUUAAUGGCGAAGAGCAACGUUACUCUAAAAAACUGACAAACGUUGCUUUUUUCGCUCAAAGGAACAGUAGCUUUGAUCAAAAGAAUACUAUACAGCCGUACCUCAUAAAUCGAUUAAAUGAUGGAAAGGCGUUUAACCAAGCAUCAGGAAUAUUCACAGUGCCAAUUAACGGAAACUACCAUUUCUACUUUACCGCAUUGAAGGCCAGUGCGGAGAUUUCGGGCACAAGCAUUAUCACUGUUCGGCUCUGGGCUAACAGAAAUCAGAAAGAAAAAUCUGCACAAAUGUUGGCCGAAGGUCAUGUCAACUCCAACGACAUGCAUGGGUGGUUCCCUGUGAUUCUACAGGCUACAGUUAAGCUGCAAGAAAAUGACACUGUUGAGGUUGAAUUACUUGUCGGAUCCAUUCAUGAAAGUGAAAAUCUAGAACACCUUAUGACUAGUUUUGGUGGCUUUCUUGUAAGCCCUGAAAUUGUUUAACAAGACGUAGGCGAUGUCGAUUAAACACGAACUCCGAAUACCCACUAUACAUUCCGACCACUAACAAUUUUCGUUUGAAUUUAAAACCAUAAAAAUAAAACUGCAACCUAAUAAUGUAAACAUUCCGACACAUGAUCAUCAUGAAUCGUAAUUUUUAAAAUUAUUGGUGUCCCAGUACCCUUUCCCAACGGAGCGCAUUGCGUCCGUGCUUCCAAAGCCAAUCAUGGACUGUACAUGAAAUUUUAGGCUUGCUUCUGGAGCACAAUCAUAUUUCUGAUGAAAUCAUUUUGGAUCAAAUCAAGCCAAUAAAAAUGAAUGUAGCACAAAAGAA